CUUCUUUACAACCUUCUCACUCAUCAAUCCCUUUUAGCCUUUGUUCAAAAUGGUCUCUUUCAAGUCCCUCGCUUCAGCGAGUUUCGUUCUCGCUGGUCUCGUCUCCGCUCAUCCUGGCGAGAAGCAUGAUCAUCAGAAGAUCAAGAGACAGAUCCAGGCCCGCGACACCAUCGCCAACCUUGGCCAGCGAUCACUGAACGCAUGCUCUAGUUCUCUGCAUGCCCGAGAGUUGAAGGCUCGUUCGAUCUCUCGCCGAGCACAGAAGGUCGAGAAGCUUCGUGAGAGACUUGGCAUCAAGACUUCUCCCAAGAAGCACCGCCGGGAUGAAGACGACAUCGUCAAUUGGGAGGCUGUGAAUCAUAACCAGACUGGAGUCUCAAAGAAUGACAUGUUCACUCCUCUCGAAACAGUAUUUGGCGCCAACUCCAGCUGUAUCCUGUCUCCCGAAGUCACCGCCGGCCCAUACUACAUCGUCGGCGAAUAUCUGCGAUCCAAUGUUAUUGAAAAGGAGUUCUGCGACGGAGUGCCUCUGUUCCUCGAAGUCCAGUACGUCGAUGUCUCAAACUGCAAUGGAGUCCCCAACUUGGCUACCGAUGUUUGGAACUGCAAUGCCACUGGUGUUUACUCCGGUGUAAGCUCCCAAGCUGGUUUGAACACCACUUUCCUUCGUGGUAUUCAGAUCACCGACCAUGAUGGUGUUGUCCAGUUUGAGACCAUCUUCCCUGGACAUUACGAGGGACGCGCUACCCAUACUCAUCUCCUUACUCAUGCCAAUGCUUCGGUUUCUUCCAACGGCACCAUCCAGGUUUGGAACAGCCCUGUUUCUCACAUCGGACAGCUUUUCUGGCCCGAAGACCUCCGGGAAGAAGUUGAAGCUCUUGCUCCCUACAACACCAACACAGUCGAAGUGACCUCUAACGAGGAGGAUAUGUGGUCUAUCCUUCAAGCCGAUGAGUCCUAUGAUCCCUUCCCUCAGUAUGUCUACUUGGGAGACUCUGUCCAGGAUGGAAUUUUUGCCUGGAUCCAGAUCGGCAUCAACGCUACUGCGGACUAUGCUUCGGAUGAUUAUUACGGUGUUGCUGGAUACCUGGACAGCGAUGGUGGUCAUGGCUUGGAUAGUGGUAUUGGUGGAGGCGGCGGUGGCCAAGGAGGUCAACCUCCUUCGGGCAGUGGAACUCCUCCUACUGGCCAGCCUACUGGAACCCGCCCUGCCUAAGUAGUCGGAUGCAGAGGCUUGCUCCAUGGUAAAUUAGGCCUCCGAACAAUUGCUCAAGCUGCUUCGAGAGGAGGCAACCAAUUGGCGAUUGUGAAAUCUUUGAAUCGGCACUGCUCAAAGAUUGGCUGUUGAUAGAGGAAGGGGAAUGGCAAACGUGUAGCAACUAUAUUUCUUGCGAUAUUUCAUAAAAC